AUGGCUCCUCAGUCUCGCAUCUAUCUCACAAGGCACUCCCAGGCCGAGCACAACGUCGCCGACGACUACUCGAUCCCAGAUGCGCCAUUGACGCCGCUCGGUAAGCAGCAGUCAGGACGAUUGCCUUCGCUCACCCAAGAUCUCCAGUCACGAGCGCAAGUCAUCCUCUCCUCUGCGCUCAAGCGCACCUUGCAAAGCACCAAGAUCGGCUACGCUCCCGCUGUCGAGCGACUCGGUGGUCUCGGCAAGGUAGUGUUGCUGCCUCAGCUGCAGGAGUGCAACGACUUCCCAUGCGACACCGGUUCCGCCAAGGAGGUCCUUGAACGUGACCCCGAGCUUCAAGGCUUUGACUUCUCGCCGCUCACCCCCGACUGGACUAGCAAGCAGGGCUUCUACGCAGCCGACGAGGCUUCGCUUAACAGCCGUGCCCAGUGGGUCCGACAGUACCUCCGCAGCCGACCCGAACAGGACAUUGUCGUCAUGGCCCACGGCGACAUUCUGCGCAGAAUUACUCAGCAGCCCUACCCCUGGAAGAACGCCGAAUGCCGACUCUUCCAGUUCGACGCCAACUCGGUCGACACCGAGGAAUGUCCAUUGGUCCACGUUCAGGACGUCGCUACUGGUGGCGCCGUCGCUGAACCUACUUCCGGCGACAUUGCCGCUGAGAAGGGCGUCCCCUCUGCUGGAGCCGGCAAGGACGCCAACUCUGCGCUACCCACGAUCCCGAUUUCGAACUCGGGCUCGCUCCAUAGCUUCGUCACAUCAGCGGUCCCAGUGCCUCAGAGCUUCGCCGUUCAGGCAGCACCGGCUUCUGACGUACGCUCUGAGCUGAAGAGUAGAGAAGAUCGCGUGCGUCACCGUCAAUCGGUGCUCCUCGAGCAGACAAACGAGUUGCAGGAGCUCGAGAAGCGUUUGCAAGCGGCCGAAGCGCGAAAGAGGGAGCUCGAGUCGCGCGGCGGCUUCAUCUAG